UUGAAGGGAGAGCGCCCCGCCCUCCUGGUCCUUAUAACCAGAAAGCCUGUUUGCAGGACGCUCAAUCAUAACAGGAGCACAGGAGACCACACCGCUGUACAUGAACCAUUCCUGGAGACGUACUCUGGCUACAAAGACUUUACGGAUUACUCUGGUUGUUUCACCUUUUUACCGGCAAGCAAACGACCAGAAGUGGCCAUGGAUUUUCUCAACCACAACUAUUUGAACGCGCGCAGCCCAUAUGACUACACUUUCAAUUUCUGGAACGACUAUCUCGGGCUGACUACGUUGGUUACGAAGAAUAAUAAGCUCAGCAUGCCCCAGAACCCCAACUCCAUCACCGAGUCCCUGAAAGCGACCCUGGGCUUGGACGAUUCCCCGGCGUGUCCGUGCGUAAUCGCGGGCGGCGUUGGAGAGAGCGGGCACCUGGACUGCUGCUGCCCGUCCGGGAGCCCCCCGCCCGCCUCCAUCCUGGACUUGAAAGAGCGUUUCUCGAUACUGAGCCCCUUCCAAAACCAGCUCGGCGUCCAGCUGCCGGAGCGGGAGGUGGGCUUCGGUGGGAGCUUCGCGGGGUUUGACCUGUUCGGCAUGGAGAGGAAGAUGCGCAAACCCGCUUCCAGGAGCAAGCAGGAGCCCAAAAUCUGCGUCUUCUGCCGAAAUAACGGAGCGCCCGAGGAGGUGUACGGCUCCCACGUCCUGAAGACCCCGGACGGAAGGGUCGUGUGCCCGAUUCUGAGGGCUUAUACCUGUCCCCUGUGCAGUGCCAACGGGGACAAUGCCCACACGAUAAAAUACUGUCCACUGUCAAAAGACCAGCCAUCCCAGCGACCAUUAAAGGGGGGGAGGGCAGUGGGUGGUAAGAGGAUGAAAAUAUUCUAAAACAGACGAGACUAUAAAGUAAAUUGAAUUGCACUGAACAAUUUCCAGAUGACUGUUUUGAUUUCGGCUGUAGCCUUUAUCCCAGUUUCAUAAACAUAUUGAUUUUAUCUUUUUUGUUUUUCUCUAAGAUCUCUUAUAUUUUUAUAGUUCCUUUAUCCACAUAGAAUAAUUUUAUGCUUUAUACAUUGGAUUUUAUUUUUCUUUCUAGUUUGUAGUCAUUUGAGCGUGUGCAUAUAAAUACACCUAUGUAUCAAUAAUCACAAAGUGUGAAUAAAUUAGAAAAAGAAGUAUUUUGGUGAUGUAGGGAAACACACUGACAUUGGCAAAAGGGGAUGAAUGUCAUAUUUCUACCGAGUAUUUUUGUACGGUGAGCUAAGCUCGCUACUAUCUUUUCUUUCUCGUCUUAGAAAACCAAAGUUAUGUUUUGCCAUUAAAAGAAGCUCAAGAAUGUGUCAUUAAUGAGUACUUGUGUGCGUCUGACUGGAGGAGGAGGAACUCUUUGAUCCCAUCUGCCUGCCUAAAAGCUCCACAGCAUAUUUUCCAACUUGCUUUAAAAAGUUGACAUUCAAUCUGUGAGGCAGGAAGAAAAGAGAAAGAAAGAAAGAAUGAAAAAAAGACAAUGUGGCCUCUGUUUAGGGCUCAUAUUCUCUGGGGGACAUUAUAAUCAGUUGUUGCUAAGCCAAACCUCUUUUCCAAUCCUAUGUGAUGAGAAUUUGACUCUCCAAGCAGACAGAAAUGAGAGAUACUAGCCUUCAUUUUUUUUAUGUUUACAUUCCCAAGUAAGGGCGACACACUGGAUUUCUUUUCUCUUUGUCAGGUCUCUCUUUUUCUCUCUGGCUUUUUUGUUUUUUUUGUUUUGAUUUGCCCUGACAUUGCAUUCACUAGCGAGCCUCAUGGGCAGGUCUGCUCUGCAAUAUCAAGCAGGAGCGAGUCCCAUUUACCUUUUCAGCUAGCUCCGAGUGAGUGGUGCAAAAAAAACAAAAAAACAAAAACAACAAAAACAAGAGCAAAUGAAUGUUAGCAAACCAAGGCAACAUGUUAUCCCAUCAUUUCUUUUCUGAAGAACCCAAAAAAAAAAGGAGAAAAAGAUGCAAAAAUGUUGUGAAUGUAUGAUUGAAAGUGUCACUUGCAGGACUGCACAUUUCUGACAGUUUUGUUUACCAAAGGAAAUACAAUUGCAUUGAAGAAAGAAGAGAGAUUUGCUGUAUUGUAUAUAAAGUGAUGUUUAUUCAGUAUUUUAACAUUACAAGUGACUUCAGAGGGCGCUACCUCAACAGGAUUUUGUACUUAACAUGUAAAAAUGUCAACAGCAGUUUAUUGAUAUAGUGCUGCCAUUUAUAAUAAGGGUUUUGAUAGUAUUUUUGAUCUUUGUAUAACAUAAUUGUAUUUUCAUUUUGUUGCAUUUAACAUUAUGGAAGUGAAUUUCCAUGAAGCUAUAAGCAUUGCUCACCAAAAGGUGAUUGUCUGUAAAUAAUGAUUAUACCCAUACUUUGAAAGUUUAGUUGUUCAAUGUUACAUUCUCGAGAGAGUGUGCAAGAGAGUGGAUAUGGAGAGAGGCUGACGAAAUUUGCCACUUUUAACAGAGGAUUUUUUUUUUUUUUUUGAUUAAAUGAAUAAGAGAAAAAGAAAACACUGUUGAACUUUGUUAUUUAUAUUUUACCACAAUUUCCUGUAUGCUGCUGUGCAGAAUAACAACAUAUGAAUUCACUAGAGAAAUAAAAACUUAUCAAAUAUUUGGA